AUGCGCACCAUUCUUACGGGCGAGCCAAUUACGAGCGACGAGGCAUUGGCAUGGGGCCUGACGUGCGACGUGGUGGACGAUGGUGCCUUGCUCGAGCGAGCAAUUGUAGCCGCGAGGGCGCUGACGACCCAUGGGCCUCGGGCGCUUGAAUUGGCCAGGGAGGCCAUUUGUAGAGCCGACGUGCUAUGCAGAGACGAUCUCUUCGAACGACAGCUGUACUACACCACAUUCGGCACGGAAGAGAAGCGGAAGGGUGUGGACGAGUUCCUGGCUAGCAAGCGGAGCCGUUGA